GCGCGCGCCGCCUCCCGCCCCGCGGCGGCCGUGACGAUGGUGGCGAGCGGGCGGGCGCGGAAGCUGGCCCGGCGGUACCGGCUGGCCCUGGCCACGGCCCUCGGCAUCCUCCUGCUGCAGGGCCUCGUCCUCUGGAGCUCCGCCGGCCUCGACGAGGAGGGCCCGGCCGAGGAACGGCAGAAGAAAGCCAGGCUGCCCGAGAACAGCGAUGGCUCCAAGGACUCGGACAGCUCUGCCGGGCGCCGGGGCAGCGCCGGUCGGAAGCACGGGCGGUGGCGGGGACGACCGGACAGCCCCGGGGUGCUGGCGUCCAAGGUGGUGAGAGCCGUCACGGCGAGGCACAAAGCGGGACGGCGGCUGCCGGCCGCGCCGGACGCCUCCAGCCGGAGGAACCUGACGGAGGCGCGCGGGGACGCCCAGCUGGCCGUCUUCCAGCAGGGCGACACGGGCAGCGUGGAGGGGGCUCCGCAGCCCACCGAGAACAGCUUCACCCCCAAGUGCGAGAUCACGGGCAAAGACGCCCUCUCGGCGCUGGCCCGGGCCAGCAGCAAGCAGUGCCAACAGGAGAUCGCCAACGUGGUGUGUCUGCACCGGGCCGGCAACCUCAUGCCCCUGGCCGUGCCUCGCCACUGCCAGCUCUCGGGAAAGGUCAGCCCCGUGAUCCAGUGGGACGAGAGCCGGCUGCAGCAGCUGCCCCCCAGCAAGCCCGUGCGCAUCGCCUACAUGCUGGUGGUGCACGGCAGGGCCAUUCGCCAGCUGAAGCGGCUCAUCAAGGCGGUGUACCACCAGCAGCACUUCUUCUACAUCCACGUGGACAAGCGCUCCAACUACCUCCACCGUGAGGCGGUGGAGCUGGCCCGGCACUACCCCAACAUCCGCGUGACGCCCUGGCGCAUGGUGACCAUCUGGGGAGGUGCCAGCCUGCUGAAGAUGUACCUGCGCAGCAUGAAGGACCUGCUGGAGCUCUCCGAGUGGCCCUGGGACUUCUUCAUCAACCUGAGUGCCACCGAUUACCCCACAAGGACCAACGAGGAGCUGGUGAUGUUCCUGUCCAAAUACCGAGAUAAGAACUUCCUGAAGUCUCACGGCCGAGACAACGCCAGGUUUAUCAAGAAGCAGGGCCUGGACCGCCUGUUCCACGAGUGUGACUCCCACAUGUGGCGGCUGGGCGAGCGCCACAUCCCCGAGGGCAUCGUGGUGGAUGGGGGCUCUGACUGGUUCUCGCUGACGCGCAGCUUCGUGGAGUACGUGGUGUACGCGGACGACCAGCUGGUGUCCCAGCUGCGGCAGUUCUACACCUACACGCUGCUGCCAGCCGAGUCCUUCUUCCACACGGUCCUGGAGAACAGCCACGCCUGCGAGACGCUGGUGGAUAACAACCUGCGGGUGACCAACUGGAACCGUAAGCUGGGCUGUAAGUGCCAAUAUAAACACAUAGUCGACUGGUGCGGGUGCUCCCCAAAUGACUUCAAACCCCAGGACUUCCUCCGGCUACAGCAACUCUCCAGACCCACUUUCUUCGCCCGCAAGUUCGAGUCGACGGUGAAUCAGGAGGUGCUGGAGAUCCUGGACACCCACCUCUACGGCAACUACCCCCCCAACACGCCGGCCCUGAAGGCGUACUGGGAGAACGUCUACGACCGCGUCGACGGGCUCAGCGGCCUCAGCGACGUCACCCUCACCUUCUACACUGCCUUCUCCCGGCUGGGGCUCCGCAAAGCCGCCUCCGUGCUGGCGCCAAAGGAGAAGCUCUGCAGGUUUGAGCCCCGUGGCUUCCCAUCCAGCGUGCACUUGUAUUUCUACGACGACCGCUUCCAGGGGUACCUGGUGAUGCAGGAAGUGCAGAACGCGGCGACUGGGCAGGCAGAGGCCUUGGAGGUGUGGAUGAUGCCCCAAGGAGCUCUGAAGCUGGCGGGUCACGGAGGGCAGGCAAACCGGUUACAAAACCUCGAGGUGGGCACAGAGUGGGACCCCAAGGAAAGGCUCUUCCGCAAUUUUGGAGGCUUGAUGGGGCCUUUUGACGAGCCGGUGGCCAUGCAGAAGUGGUCGCGGGGUCCCAACCUGACAGCCACGGUGGUGUGGAUCGACCCCACGUACGUCAUCGCCACCUCCUACGACAUCACGGUGGAUGCAGAGACGGAGUUCACCCAGUACAAGCCCCCCCUCAACCGGCCCCUGCGCCCCGGCGUCUGGACCAUCCGCCUCCUGCAGUUCUGGGAGCCCCUGGGGGAGAGCCAGUUCUUGGUGGUGCCCCAGACCUUCAACCGCAAGCAGCCUCUCAGGAAAGACGAUAGCAACUGGCUGCACGGCGGGCCCCCCCGCAACGAGUACAUGGAGCAGAGCUUCCAGGGCCUUGGGGGGAUCCUGAACCUGCCGCGCUCGGAGGAGGCAGAGGCGGCGGCGGCGGGGAAGGCGCAGCUGACGGGCCGGGCGCUGGACGAGUGGGCAGACAGCGCCAUCAGCGCCUUCUGGUCCGUGGCAGACGUCUGCGUCGGCAGCUCCUCCUCCUGCUCCUCCCUGGAGACCUGCAGCAAAACCUCCUGGAGCUCGCUGUCCCCGGACCCCAAAUCAGAACUGGGGCCCGUCAAACCCGACGGGCGGCUGAGGUAGCAGGAGCAGCCGGGGGGGCGGCGUUGGGAGCGAGGAGCGUCCUCCGUCACCGGCGUGGGGCGUCUCUGGACUACAUCACCCUGUGCCAUUCACACCGUAGUAACUCGAGGAAAAGAGUAUGGGAACCGGCGGGCCAGGGAAAUCCUCCUGUGGGUUUUGUAGGUGGAGAGGGAGGUGUGAGAUGUGGUCUCGCCCACCUCCCCCAGGAACGGGCACUUGCUGGCCAGGCGAGAGUGUGCCGGGGCGCCCGUGACCGUGGGGUGCGGGUGGUGCUGGUGGCUGGGAAGAGCUGCGUGCUUGUUUCUUUGGUGCCUCAGGAAGGGGUGAGAUGGGCUGGGAGGGGAGGCUGGCAGGGGGGUGGGCUCUGGACCAACUCAGCACCCUGUCCUCUCUGCCCGGCCCCAGGUGGAUCUGUGCAGGAUCGGGCCCUGUGCUGCAGGCUGCCCCCCAGGAGGGCUGGCUGGGGACUCCAGGGACAGGGCACGCAGGGAAAGUCAGAAGCAGAAUGGGUCGAAACCUGCCGUGUGCAUGGAGCUGCUGCUGGCCCGGGGCUUGCAUCUCAUCCCCUCGACCCCAGCCCUUUAGUUUGUAUUUUUAUAAAUAUAUAUAUAUAGAAAUA